CCAAAUCCACUCGACCACCUCGACGGCCAAACAAUGUCCACACUCGCCAAAGCCCUCUCCCCCGCCCUUCGCGAAAUCAGGAUUCUCUGCUGCCAAACUGGCAAGGCCUCAGAGGGCACGCGCCAGUUCAUCGUGUCUCAGUACCCCUCCAUCAAGCAGGCCAACCCAGACCUCCCUAUCAUGAUUCGCGAGGCCUCGGGCACCCCCGCACGCGUCUUCGCGCGCUUUGAACGCGGUGUCGAGAAGUCGGCGGAGCUGGAGGGUCUCUCGUCGGCGGAUGUGGCCAAGAGAAUAACGCAGCUCGUCUCUGCAUAGAGUCUUCCGUCCCGCGUUGCAUUCAUCCAAUCUGUAGAGCAAUAUCAUUUGCAUUUUCU